AUGAGAGGGGAGGAGAAACAGCUGGGAGAGUUGAAGGAAAAAGAGGAACCAAUCGAACUUCCCAGAAUGAUACAUGAUUGCCUGGCUGGAUUGAAAAUGUGUAUCACAAGAUUCCCACAUCACUACAAGUCCCUCUAUCGCAUGGCUUAUUUUUAUGCCCACUCACAGGGAAUCUGGAGGAUUCCAAGCAAUGAGGUAGAUCGGCCAGGCAGCUUUGCAUCUCAUAUGGGCCGGAGUAUCGCUCUACUUGUGGAAGUUCUACAGCAGAUGAAGGACCAUGGGAUGCUUCUCACUCUGGCCAUCCACCUUGACAGGAAGCCUGAAGCUGACAAGAUGUACAUGUUUGAGACAGAAAGGAAGCAUAUGUCCAAGCAUGCAUAUGACCUGAGUCUACAGCUCCUCCGCAACCGAUGGAAAGAGGCGAGUACAUUCACGUCGAAGAAAGCUGCCGUCAUCGACAUCUGCCGCACUCACCAAAAGAUCAUGCGCAACCUUGGGUACAGAGAGGACAUCCUCAACCUCCUCACUGAGGCAUACAUAAACUUUGUUGGGAAAUCACUCGAGAAGGAAAAAAUGGAAUCUCAGAGAGAAGAGGCAUUGAAGUUUGCCACCCAACACAUCUCUCUUGGCUCCAAGGCCCUAAAAGCCAUUCCAAACCCCAGUGUGGUAUGGUUCUCUUACUCUUCCUCAAAUGAUAACUAAUGUAUCUCGAAUGG